CCGAGGUGGACAUUUGCAAGAGUUACACCGUCUCCGUCAGAGUCACCGCUACUUGCUCAACUCUUUCUAUUGUAAGUAUUCUAGCUUUAGUCACCGUUUGGUUCAAGGUUGAUUUCAUUCCUAUUAAGUAAAUCAAACGACUCUUGCUUAUGUGAAAUGUAAACUCGGUCUAGGAAGGUGUUUUUGUUUUAGUAAUUGUAUCUUUUUUUUUUUUUUUUUUUUUUAAAAGGGGUUCCACGGAGAUGGGUUCCGUAUGAGCCAAUUAGGGGGUCCGUCGGUGGCCGGAAAAAACAUUUUUUUAAAAAGUUCCACGGAGAUGGGUUCCGUAUGAGCCAAUUAGGGGUUCCGUCGGUGGCCAGAAAAAACAUUUUUUUAAAAACGUCCGAAAUCGCCAAUAUUCGGGCACUGCGGUAAUUAGUCGUUGUUUAUCCACUUUAUACGACCUGUUUCCGUUGGUGUCCAAUUGAGCGUUCAGCGUUAUCAUUGGUGUUAACAAAGCGGUUGUUUUUGCGCGACCAUGGACCGAUUUAUUAAGAAAAGAAAAUUAGAGCUGACAACUAAACUAAAUCUCAGGAGCAGACGGCUGAAGCCACAGCUGAUGACCAAAGUAAAUCUCUAGAGCAGAAAACUGAAGCCACAGCUGACAACUAAACUAAAUCUCAGGAGCAGACGGCUGAAGCCACAGCUGAUGACCAAAGUAAAUCUCUAGAGCAGAAAACUGAAGCCACAGCUGACGACCAAACUAAAUCUCAGGAGCAGACGACUGAAGCUACAGCUGUCCAGCUGACGAACAAACUAAAUCUCAGGAGCAGACGACUGAAGUCACAGCUGACGACCAAACUAAAUCUCAGGAGCAGACGACUGAAGCUACAGCUGUCCAGCUGACGAACAAACUAAAUCUCAGGAGCAGACGACUGAAGUCACAGCUGACGACCAAACUAAAUCUCAGGAGCAGACGACUGAAGCCACAGCUGACGACCAAACUAAAUCUCUAGAGCAGACGACUGAAGCUACUGCUGAUGACCAAACUAAAUCUCUAGAGCAAUCAAACAUGACCAAUAUUGACGUUUUCCAUCGAAAUCUUAAAGUUGGUCAGUACAGUGACAAAUAAGUAGCUAUAGGAUUCACUAAGACAGGAUACCCAUUCGGAUUAGAACCAACCCUUGUGUCGCUGCAUGUGGUUCCCGCGAGAAAUCUGAGAGCUCCAAAGGUUGCCAUUCCAAUAAAAAGUUAGAAAAACACUGCUGUAUAUCCUCUCGUUCUUGAAAGAAGAAAAAUUAAAGGAUCAAUGUCUAAGAAUAAUUUUGCGGAAAAUAAAAUUUUCGACAGAAAAUCAUUAAAAGUAUCGUCAUUAAAAAAAGAUGUUUGGUUUUUAAAUAACCUCUUUAUACCAAUUGUUCACUGAUGGCCGAGGCUACAAAAAAAUACACAAAGCAUGAUUUUAAAAAAUUAAUUAAAUUAAUUAUUAUUAUUAUUAUUUUGCUGGGCAUUUUCCAAAAUGAUCGAUUUUGUCUUGGUCCACUUUGAGAUUUAUGGUUUUCCAUUAAAAAAAAAAAAAUAUGGCAUCAUGAUUGGUCAAAUGAUCGCUUAUUUUACCAAUCUCCUCUUUUCAUGUUUUAGUGACCAAAUCCAAAACGUAAUCAUAUGCCGCAUGUAUUUUCAUGAUUUUUAGGUGACAUUUUGCAUUGUGUCAUAUUAGUCUUUCCCUUUGUCCUCAUUCGACUCGAUACACACCCAGCCGAAAUUCAGCACAGUCGCAUUGUACAUCGUAUCAUGUAAAAACUCCUAGAUAGCCAAUCACGAUUAUGUGUUCUUUACCAGAUCCCCAGAAGACAUCGACUGUUGUUCACCAUGAAGUGCUUCCAGCUUGCAGCUUUGGUCCUGUGUGCCGUUAUUGUCUACAGCACGGCCGACUACCAGCCAGCCCCCAGUGCUGCGGCGAGACGUGAGUGUAUUCUACGAUACCAAACAUUUCAUAACCGACCAUUUAAUAUUGUAUUUUUUUGUACCGAACAUUUAAUAUUAUAUUUUUUACCGACCAAAUAAAAUUGCAAAGUGUUAAAAUUAGACAUUAGGCACUUAAUAUUCGGCAAGGGCUAUAGUGAUAUACAAGCUGAAGCCUAGGGGCUGAUGACUCACCGAUCGACCAAGACUGAGAUGGAUCGACGAUGUAGAGAAGGAUUUACAACAGUUGGAUGUUCGCGCAUGGAGGCGGAAAACAGUGGAUCGAUCUGAAUGGAAGGAUGUGGUGGAGCAGGCCAGGGGCCUACAUGGUCUGUAGCGGAUCUGAUGAUGAUGAUGAUGGUGAUAUUCAACAAGGACGUUGUGGAUAGAAAACGUUUGGGAAACCACUGGCCAAAAUGGUGGUUUAAAAAAAAGUUAUUAAUAAUAAUAUUGCUAUUUCAGGUCUCCAUCCAAUACGACAUCAAAUUAUAUAUGUUUCUUAUUUACACUUAUAGCAAUCACGUUGUCUAAGUCAGCGGUUCUCAACCUGUGGGUCGUGAACCCUUUGUGGUUCGAACGAGCCUUAAACAGGGGUUGCCAUCGAAAAACAUAUAUAUUAAUGAAGUAGCAACGAAAAUAAUUACAUGGUUGUGUGUCACCACAACAUGAGGAAAUGAAUUAAAGGGUCGCGGCAUUAGGUAGGCUGAGAACCACUGGUCUAAGUCACGAUUUCAAUCUUGGUGACAGCGCGGCUAACAAGACGUACUAGAGUUAUUUUAAACAAAAUCAUCCAUUUCAUUUCAUUCUCUUCGCAACUUCGCUUUAUUUCCUCGAAACAUCAUCAUCAUCAUCAUCAUCAAUGGCACUAAAGCCCAAUAAAAGCUCUGUCAAUCAUCGUGACAUCCAUACUAACUUUUUUGUUUUGCUUUUUUUUCUUUUCUUUUCAUCUCUCCCCACAACCAUCUUAUAUUUCUAGCAUCUCCCCAUCUCUCCCCAAUCCCAAUCUUUUGCUUCUAAUAUCUUAUAGAUAUAAAGAUUCCCUGUCUCUCCCCACUAACGCAUUAUAUUUCUAUUGUCUCCCCAUCUCUCCCCAAUCCCAGCUUCUUUCGAACACCUUACAUGUCUGACAUCUCCCGGUGUCCCCCCACAACAGUAUAUGUUUCUAACACCUUAUAUUUCGAAGGUCUGUUGUCAACUGCCAUCUUAUAUUUCUAACGUUCCCCAUCUCUCCCCACUCCCGUUCUUUAUUUCUGACACCAUACAUUUCUAAAGUCUCUUCAUCUCUCCCUGCCACCAUCUUAUAUUUCUAACAUCUUAUCGUUCCAUCCCGUCCACAGCCUCACCCUAUUCGUGCAUUGACAUCUUUAACGAGAAGGCGUGCAAGGGCGUCGCCAAUGGUGACUACCCCAUGUGUUCUUUCUGUCAGCUCGGCUACUACGCCACCUGCUCCAACGGAAUACUGUACAUCAGGUACGCACUUACUGCAGGGAUCCUCAAACACCCGAACAGGCGCCCACACCCCCCCCCCCCGUCCACACGCACCCAACAUGGCCCGCCAAACAUAUAAGAACAAAUGUUCGCCCAUAUUUAAUUAUGAGCCCCCUGUCUAUUAUGUGCACCCGAUUAAUAAUCUGCCUUAUUCUCUUAUUCGCCCAUGGCCACUUAUUCACCACUGGCCAACUAUGCGCCCUUGGUCAAUUAUGUGUCAAUAAAAAUUAAAUCGCCCUUGGUCGAUUAUAUGCCCUUGGUGAAUUAUGCACCCUUGGUCGAUUAUAUGCCCUUGGCGAAUUAUGCGUCUUUGAUCAGUUAUAUAUUAUUUAGUCUAGUACUACGUGAUAUAUUGUCUCUAGUGCUGUAGGAACGGAGGUCUGAGGUAAGGGGGGUGGGGUGGGGUGGGGUGUACGCACUGGUGGUACUUUUUUUCUUUAAAUGAAGGGGCGACAUUUUCGACCAACUGUAGAGUUCUUUUUUGUUUUUUUGUUUGUUUUUUUCGAAGAAGGGGCGAAUCUCAAGAUUCUCUUCCCACCCUGGGUGGCUCUAGCCCUAGCUACGCCACCCAGUUGUCACCAUUGCUUACUAGACAUAAAAAAAUCAGAAGAUAAAAUAAAGGAGAUCAAGUAUUCAGAUUUUUAACAUUGAUUUAUUUAAUCAAUUCAUUUUUGAUAUAGUCUAUAGAAAAUAACCUACUUUUUACUUAUUACAAAAAGUUAAACGAUUUUUGUUUAAACAAAAAUUUGCAUAAAAUUUCCCUGAUAUCAAACUGUUUCUUCUCCAGACCAUGUGCAGAGUCCUACUACUAUGGUAACCAGUUGGUGGCCAGGAUGGUGUUUGAUUCCUACACCAGGGACUGUCAGAGAUACGCCUCUAACUGUCCCCGGUAAUAAAGUCCAGGAUAUGGGGGGUGGGGGUAAGGCGGAGGGCCUUCCACCUGGCGGGGAUUGGAUGGCAGUGACAACUCCAGCAGUCAUCCGUUCAUCGCCGAUCCAUGUCACAUCACGUGAUAUCGCGACAUCCAUAAUCUGUUGAUUCACUUAUAGUGUAGAGAGGGAAAACUUAAAUUAAAAAAAAGGAUAUAUUGAACAAAUUGGCGA